GGACUUCUUCAGGAGAUUCUUCUACCAGUUUAAGUGAUGAUAUCAAUCAAUUACUAAGGCGAUUGCAGACUCUUGAGGCAUCCUCUAAUACAUCUAAUGGUGCGUCUACAUCCACUGCUACCUUGGCACAAGCAGGAUCUUCACACGAGGAAGACAAUUGGUGGAGGGAGUGAAAAAGAUGGUCUAUAUUAUCUAUACUAUGGUACUGCUGCUACUUCCGUUGCUGCUACAGUCGUUGGGGAUGCGACUCCUUUCCAAUGGCACUGUCGUUUAGGUCAUUUGUCCUUGUCUAGGUUGCAAAUUUUAUUUCCUAGUUUUAAGUCUACACCAAAGUUACAGUGUGAAGUGUGUGAGUUGGGAAAGCAUGACCUUGUGUCUUUCCCAUCUCGCUCUAUGCUUCGGAGUACAUCUUUAUUCAUUCAGAUGUUUAUGGUCUUUGUCGAGUCAACAAUAGGUUUGGUUUUCGAUAUUUUGUGAGUUUUGUGGACAACCACUCUCGUCUUACAUGGCUGUACUUAUUAAAGAAUCGAUCUGAAUUUUUAUCUGUGUUUCAAACUUUCUAUAAUG